GCCGCGGCGACCAAGAUGGUGAAGCUGGGGGCGGACAACGGCCAGCUGGUCUUCGUGCCCGACGAGAUUGAGAUCUGCAAGGGCGACUCCGUCACCUGGACCAACAACAAGGAGUCCAUCUCGAUGGACGGCCUUCUCAACGACGAGGGCGCGACCUUCACCAAGAAGUUCGACGUCGCGGGCAGCUACGCGUACUACUGCGAGCCGCACCGCGGCGCGGGCAUGAACGGCGCCCUCACCGUCGCCUAAGCCCGCGUCCCCUCUCGCCUCGGUGGGGUAGCCCGCCCGACGCGGGGGGGACGUCCUCUAGCAGUCGUGCCGAUCCCCGUUCAUGCUCCCGUUGCUCUCGCCCUUCGCUGGUCUCAGUUCCCGGGGGAAGGGGGAGAGGGGCAGGGCCGGAGCCAGGGAGGGCGCGUAUCCCUCGGACUCUGCCACGCUCUCUAGUCUCAUAUUUCGGUGCGCUCCUUCCCCCUCUAUCGCAGUGUCUGCAGUUUGGGAAGUUUUGUGCCUGUGAGCUGUGUGCUGUGAGUCGUGAGUGCCGACGAGUAAUGACCAUGUGAAUCGACAAACUACUAACUAGGAGCCGUUACAGCC